UGUGUGUGGUGCACGCUCACAUGGUUCAGAACACAAGGCAAAUUUCUCUCCCAUGUUCCCCAUCUCCUCACCCUUGCUUCCUCGCAAGCCUUGCCAUGUCCCCCCUCUGCGUGGCCUGAACGUCAAGCAUGGAUAUUGGGGGGCUGACCACCGUGGUGGCAAAUUCCGCUUACAUCAAUGCCCGUGGGAGCAUCGACGGAUCCAAUCCGGCGGCGGCCCGGGACAAGAAGUACCACUCCCGGCUAAAACUGCCUCACAUCACCAUAUGUGAGGACCUGAGGGACACUGUGGAUUUGGGGUUUGAGGCCGUGUGUGUGGAGCAGCCCAUCGGCAAACGCCUCUUCAGGGAGUUCCUGGAUGCCCACAAAGAGUAUCAUGGCGCCUGUCGUCUGUGGAGAGACAUCGAGGACUACGACCUGGCGGAGGACUCGGACCGAGCCAAGAAGGCCUCCAAGAUAGUGCAACGCUACAUGGACCCCUCAGCCAAACACUUCUGCUUGUUCCUGUCAGAAGACACCAUAGCUAAGGUGAAGGAGGCCGUUGAGGUCGUAGGGGACGACUUGUUCACAGCGGCUUGGGCCGCAACACUGGACUACUUGCGAGAGGCGCCCUAUGCCUACUUCCUGGAGAGCAUGUACCUAAAGAGGUUCCUUCAGUGGAAGUGGCUGGAGAUGCAGCCCAUGGAUGUAGACUGGUUCCUGGACUUCCGCGUGCUCGGGAAAGGAGGCUUCGGUGAGGUGUCGGCAUGUCAGAUGAAAGCCACGGGCAAACUGUACGCCUGUAAGAAACUCAACAAGAAGAGGCUGAAGAAAAGGAAAGGCUAUGACGGGGCCAUGGUGGAGAAGAAGAUUCUGGAGAAGGUCCACAGUCGCUUCAUUGUGUCGCUGGCGUACGCAUUCCAGACAAAGGAGGAGCUUUGUCUGGUCAUGACCAUCAUGAAUGGAGGAGAUCUCAAGUACCACAUCUACCUGGUGGAUGAGAACAACCCAGGCUUCGACGAGCCCAGAGCUUGCUUCUACACCGCACAGAUCAUCCAAGGCUUGGAGCAUCUCCACCAGAAGAGAAUCAUCUACAGAGAUCUGAAACCUGAGAACGUGCUCCUGGAUAAUGACGGGAAUGUACGCAUCUCUGACCUGGGUCUGGCUGUUGAGUUAAAAGAAGGCAAAACCAGGACUAAAGGCUACGCCGGAACACCAGGUUAUAUGCCUCCAGAGAUGCUGAAAGGAGAGAAGUACGACAUGUCCGUGGACUACUACACUCUGGGAGUGACAUUGUUUGAGUUCUUAGCAGCCCAAAACCCGUUCAGAAACAGAGGGGAGAAGCUGGAGCGUGAGGAGAUGAAAGAGCGAGUGCUGACCCGCGAGGUGGUCUACACCGACAACUUCAGUGACAAGGCAAAGUCCUUGUGCAACGGGCUGCUGGCAAAGGAAUCGGAUAAGAGGAUGGGCUUCAAGGACGGGAGCUGCGACCAGAUCCGGGCGCAUCCUUUCUUUAGCGAUAUCAACUGGAGGAAGCUGAACGCAGGCAUCGUGCCUCCUCCGUUCGUACCCGACCCCAAAGUGGUGUACGCUAAAAGUCUGGACGACGUGGGCGCCUUUUCCUCGGUCAAAGGAGUUGCCCUGGAGGACCCGGACAAAAGCUUUUUCGACGAGUUCUCCUCGGGCAACAUCCCCAUCCCUUGGCAGGAGGAGAUGAUCGAGAUGGGAAUUUACGGAGAGCUGAACUUGUGGGGCCCUGAAGGCACCGUCCCAAACGAUCUACGCAGGGAGUCCAUACUGGAGCAGCCGAAGUCGUCCACGUGCUGCGUGUCCUAGUGACCGACAUCCUUUGGACUUUUCUAUGUGGGACGUGUUCCUUUUUCUCUUUGUCUUGUGCUCAACUACUGUCAAACAUUUAGAUGUCUUCCAUUUGUUUCUUUGUAAUUGCGAUACUGUACUCCAGGUGUGCUGAUGAUGAACUCCAGCAUGAGGCUGCGUCACACUUGUCCAGUAAAGUCGGCUUAAAAUGUAAACACCACUGUCCCGAUUCAAGUGUGGCCCCAACAAGCGGACUCUGGUGCUGUUGGGUGAACAGCAAUGCAACAGGGAGCACUGCUAAAGCAAAAAGCAUGUAGAAACUAAAUAUGAAAGACAAAAUUCUCUUUCUCUGCUCUUUGAAAGUAUAUUUUAGAAGGUUUUGGUGAAAUUCUAAACUGGUGAAUGUGGCAAAAUAUAAACAUACGAUACAUAUUCGACCCAGCAGAUGACAUUCUUGGUUUGGAAUAUUUCAGUUACUCUAAGUCACCUAAUAUGUUCUGUAUAAGUUUUAGAAGUAUAUUUUAGUAGCUUUUGGUGAAAUCUAUAUUGGUUAAUAUAACAGAAAAUAAAAAUGGCAAAAGUACGUAUUCAACCCAGCACCUGACAUGAUGGUUUGGAAUAUUUGAGUAUUGUCAUGUAUCCUGUCAUGAAAGUUCUUUUAAAUGAUAUUUUACAAGCUUUUGGUGAAAUCUAUAUUUAAUAUAGCAGAAUAUGAAAAUAAACAACAUAUUCAACCCGCCACAUGACAUUAUGGUUUGGAAUAUUUGAGUAAAGUCACGUAUUAUGUCAUGAAAGCUCUUUAAAAUCAUAUUAUAGAAGCUUUAUGUGAACUCUAUGCUGUUACUGUAUAUCAGAAUAUAAAAAUAAACAACAUAUUCAA